AUGAAAGAGUACCUUGCUUACAAAGUUGAAGGACGUAAUGCUAAUACCAAUACCUUGAAACUAUAUAUAAUGAACAUUAAAGCUCAUAAUCAAGCUCUUGGUCAUAAUUGGGAUCAUCGUGGUUUUCGUGUUAUUAUAGACGAGGCUUUGAAUAAAUGCAAUAAGGAUGCUUCACUUCAGGAUUCGAAUUCUCCUAUAUCUAUGACGACUGCCGAAAUUUGCUCAAAUGGUUUAGGUUCUCUUGAUCCACUCUCUUUCCCUUCCUCUAGCAUUAACACUCCAAAGGCCGACUCUUUU